AUGUCCUCGAAAAAGUCUACAGGCCGCCCUACUCGAAAAAUCAUCACUAACCACUUUAUCCAGGAUCAAAAAGUCCAAAAUUCAUCCAACCGUUAUUUUUACAAAUGCAACUACUGUUUGACGUCUAUAGAAGGUUGCGACGACAAACAUCUCAAGCAUAUUCUUGACCGGAAUAUUUGCCCUACGGCUCCAGAUCAUGCUCACACAGAAGUCCGCAACUAUCUCGCUACAAAAAAUGGAAAUCAAACACUACUACUCCCACCUAUCGUGGAUACAGAUUCUUCUUCAUUCCCAUCAACUUCAGGAGACACAGCUAAAGCUCCACAGAAACAGAAGAACCUCUUCGGAUUCAUGGAUCUUCCAGUCACUCCAGAGCAAGCAACACGUGCAAAUUUCAAAUUGUUUCGAUUCAUUGUUCACGCUAAUAUACCUUUCUUGGUUGCGGAGAACUGGUUUUUCCGUAACUUCCUUGAUGAAAUUCGGCCCUCGUAUCAAGCACCAUCACAUUAUGUGCUGUCACAUUCAAUUAUGGAUAGCGAAGUUGCGCGUGUCCAAAUCGAGGACAUUGCACAUCUCAAGGAACGUAAAAAGCUUACAUAUUUGCUUGAUGGGUGGGAGGAUAAAAUAAGACGAAGCUUGUAUGGGUCGUUGGCUGCUGAAGUCAAUCAGCCUCCAGUCGUGUUGAACCUUGAGGAUAUGACGGGGCACCGAGGUUCUGCAGACAAACUCCUUGAUGUCUCAGUGAAAGCUUUGGAAAGAAUGGAGAUCGGAGAUGGACGUAACAUAAUCGCGGCAACAACUGACAAUCCCACUGUGAUGAGAGCAUUCCGACAGAAGUUCCAAGAGAAAUUUUACUGGGUUCUCUGGCAUGUGACAAAAGCUACUUGGGUAGUGACAUUCUUCAAUGGGUCCCACUACUGGGGUGGUCAGUUGAAAGAACAGGCGAAAAAGGAUGGCAUCAACCGUGGAUUGAAGAAAAACUGCGAGUCUCGUUGGUAUGCACUUGUUCUCCAGUCAAUGAGUGUCCGUGAUCAUAGACAAUCACUUUCCCAUUUAUGUCUGCGGAAAGACGCACAGAAGAAGAUCGGAGGCCUCUCACCUGUUGCCCCAGAUAUUGUCACCAUUGUCCUCCGCGACGCAGAGUUUUGGCCUGCCAUUGAACAAGGGAUCAAGGUUAUGAAGCCAAUUGUUGACCUUAUCGGAGAUGAGGAGUCCCGCGAUUCAUCACUCGCUUCCUGCAUGCUUGGGCUAAUUCGGCUUGCAAAGACAAUCUCUCAGUUGCCAAUCGAAGAAGGAGAUAAUGUUCACUUCUGGCAACACGCAAAGGCUGUCUUCAACCGGCGUUUUUUUGCAAUGAACACAAAAACUCACAGUCUCGCGCUAUUCUUACACCCAAUGUGCCGAAAACUCGCAAUUUUGCAAGCCGUAAACGGACGUUCGUUCAAAUUUAUGGUGGAGGUAGCUCUCGACAUUGCUAAACAGUGGCGAUGGAGCGAACAGCUUGCAAAAAUGCUCGUUGCUGACUUAAAGGAUUAUCACAAAUGCUCCGGAGUAUUUUCGGGAGGGCAGGCCGACGCACUCGAUUGGUGGGAAACCCUCCCCAUCAGUGCCAAACGCUGUCCAUUGAAGGCAUUCGCGAUCAUAAUCCACUCAAUUGUACCUCAUGCUGCUGACGUCGAGCGUUAUUUCUCGGGUCUGGGUGGGGUACAAUCUGUGAAGCGCUGCAACCUAUCAGUUCAGACUUUCGAGUCUCUGAGCAAACUCCGGGCAAGCUACGCAAAUUUCUUGCACAAGGUGGAUCACGAAGCUGGCAAGCCAGCACGUCGCAAACACGCCCAUAUGCACACUCGGCCAGAGCAUGGACUCGACACAGCCUUGGCAGACGAACUUCAAAGGUCGUUUGCAUGGGUGCCACCACUCGCUGGUGCCUCUCGCAACUCAGACGACGAAUUUCUUGCAGGUCCUGAGUCAAUCACAGAUGAGGAGCUGCUCAAAGAAUUUGACAGAUUUGAAAACGAGAUGCUGGAGUCACGAGGCUUGCAAGAAGGUACUGGCGAAGUCCCAGAUAUUUUUGGGGGAGAUAUUAUUGAUUGGGAUGAGCUGGAGAAAGUCGAUAAAGGAAUUACACCUGCAGGGUUUGUCGAAGAGAUUGAUGUGGUUGACUGUGGGUCACAAGGCACGGAGGCAGGCUGGAACAUCAAUGCGCUGUUGACAUCAGAGGAACACGCAGAAACCCUCAAAACAAUUCUGCCGACUUUUGCCAUUCUGCCAAUUGCCGUUCUGCCGUUUUUUUGGCAGAACUCGCCCCAAAAUACUUCUGCCCCCUACACUACCUUUAGAAGACAGAGCCCUAAACCCACUGGACUAUGGGACCAGUGCCCGAUCCGUUUCCGAACCGUGCUGGUGGGUCGGAAGGUUUAG